AUGGCAUUGAGAGUUCCAAAGAGUAGUUACCCGCAACUUUUUAAAGAAGGCUAUAAAAUUCAACAGGGGGUUGACGAGGCCGUUCUGCGAAAUAUUCAAGCGACACACGAACUGUCCGAAAUUGUACGAACGUCUUUAGGCCCCAACGGUCGCAAUAAGAUGGUAAUUAACCACCUUGAGAAACUAUUUGUUACCAACGAUGCUGCCACCAUUAUCCGCGAGCUGGAAGUUGUGCAUCCGGCUGCCAAACUUUUGGUUAUGGCGAGUCAACAACAAGAACAGGAGGUUGGCGACGCGACAAACUUUGUUAUCGUGUUUGCCGGAGAAUUACUUCAAAAGGCCGAGAAUCUAUUAAGAAUGGGACUUCAUCCAAGUGAAAUCAUACAAGGUUAUGAAUUAGCCAGGGACAAAGCACUUGAAAUCCUGGAAGAACUCUCGGUGGAGACGGUCAAAGACCCAGGAUCACCCGAUGAACUAUCAAAAGCCGUAAAAACAGCUAUCGCAGCAAAGCAGUAUGGCUAUGAAGACAUCUUGACCAAUUUAGUGAUUGAAGCUGCACUAUCAAUAAUGCCCAAAAGUGCCAAUGCAUUUAACGUGGACAAUAUUCGGGUAGUUAAAAUUAUGGGGAGUAGCAUUCAUGAGAGUAAAGUGGUCAAGGGUAUGGUAUUUGGGCGUGAACCGGAAGGUGUUGUGCAUAAAGCUCAAAAGGCCAAGGUCGCUAUAUAUACGUGUCCAUUGGAUGCAGCGCAAACUGAAACUAAGGGCACUGUUCUGAUUCAUAAUGCUCAAGAAAUGUUAAAUUUCACAAAAGGUGAAGAGAAGCAUAUGGAAAAGAUAUAUAAAGAAAUCGCAGAUGCUGGAGUAAAAGUUGUAGUUUCUGGUUCUUCAAUCGGCGAACUUUCCCUACAUUAUCUAAAUCGAUUCGGUAUAUUGGCGGUUAAAGUUCUUUCUAAAUUUGAUUUACGUCGACUGUGUCGUGUUACCGGAGCUUCGGCUCUAGCACGAUUAGGUGCUCCAACCCCUGAAGAAAUGGGACAUUGUGAUAUUGUGGAAACAGUUGAAAUUGGUGGUGAUCGAGUCACAGUUUUCCGACAAGAGGACGAAUCAUCUAAAACCGCUACGAUUGUGGUGCGAGGAGCAACGCAAAACCACUUGGAUGACAUUGAAC